CAACUGUUUCCCGACACCCAUGUCUACCAAACCUAAAAUCGCGACACGCGCCUCGACUCGAACCAAGCCAACCCCGGCACCUCCGCCGCCAACUACGAGAUCUACCAGGGCAACAACUUCCAAAACUGCAACCCCAACUCCGCCUGCACCAGCGCCGAAGAGAACUGCGCGAAAGCCGCUGACGAGCAGAGAUAAUGCCACAGAUGCCUCUACGAGUGCAUCUAAACUCUCAAAAACCGUUCUGCCACGCAAGGCGACGAAGGCGAUGGUAGAGGACGAUGAACGUGAACCCAUUACGGCCUACUUGAGGAUCCGACCACACGUCGGUGAAGACGAAACGGAGGUCUCACCGUAUCUCCUGACGUUGUCCGACACAUCUGUCCGGAUGACAGAUCCCAACGAGCCCCAAACAGGAGGGCAGAAUGGGCUGCUGUUCGCCUACGGUGUUACGAACUCGGGCAAGACUUAUAGUGUUCAAGGCGGGGCAGAAUCCGGAUCUGCAGGAAUUCUGCCGCGGAGUUUGGAUGUUAUAUUCAACAGCAUCGAGGGCUUACACGGCAGUGGCAAGUACCGUCCCGUCCGCUUACAAGGAGUUGAACCGUCCGACAAGAGCGACUCUAUCCUCCCUUCAAUCACACCUGGCCCUGAGCUUGCACAGGUCCUGGGGCAACACAUGGAUCCUUUGGCGACCGAUGAGGACAUCGAUCCCACUGUUCUCACAUUGGACCGCAACUACGAAUAUACGAUCUGGUUGUCCUACGCGGAGGUGUACAACGAGAAGAUCUAUGACUUGUUGGACAAUGUUCAGGAUGACUCGACGGGCUCGAUACCGCGUAGCAAUAGUGGGAAAUCGCUGCUGUUGACGCGAAAGGCAUUGUCCAUCAAGCCUUCGCCUCCAUCCGACAACUGCCGCACAAGCCAAAUCGCUCGUGAAACUGGGGCAAUUGCAUCGCCGGUUUUCGGUACUCUGGCCAACCGCGAAAGCAGUCGUAGUCACGGGAUGGUCUUCAUCAAAGUUGCGAAAGUCCAUCGUGGAGAGAAGGAUGAUCCAUCUGCGAUACAGAUUACACGACUCACGCUAGUUGAUCUGGCCGGUUCAGAACGUACCAAGCACACCCAGACGACCGGCGAGCGUCUCAAAGAAGCAGGAAACAUCAACAAGUCACUGAUGGUACUCGGACAAUGCAUGGAGGUUCUGAGAAGCAACCAGCGCAAACUGGCCAUGAGUCUGGCCUCAGAGGGAACAGACGGGCGCAUGGAUACUCGAGAUGUCAAACGUGGACUCGCCAUAGUGCCCUUCCGUCACAGCAAGCUCACGGAAGUGCUCAUGGAUUACUUCGUUGGAGACGCCAGAGCCGUCAUGAUUGUGAAUAUCAACCCCUAUGACACAGGCUACGACGAGAACUCUCAUGUGAUGAGAUUCGCUGCGUUGGCUCGAGAGGUCUACGUUACCCCAGCACCGGCCCCAAUUCAACGUCUCGCGAACAGCAAGACUGCGGGAGGCAAACAGUCACCAGCUCCUGAAAAGCCGCGCCGACGGGUGACUAUCACGACCGGCAGCGGGAAGAAGGCAAGCGAGGCCGUACUGGAAGUUUUGGAAGAGGAUGAAGGUGACGCACUAGACAGCGACGAUGAUGAGCCCAUCAACCCCCUGCUCUUCGAAUCAGAGAUGCGGUGCGCCAUCAUUGAGGCCGAGGUUCGCGAAGAAGUCAUGGCUGAAAUGGAGGAACGGAUGGAGAAAAUGGAGAAAAUAUAUGCCAAAAGGCUGAUGAAAGAGGUUACUCAGAACGAGAUUAAGACCGAUGCCAAGAUCGACAUGCUGCACCAGUCGGGUCUGUUCGCCAGCCCCGUCAAACGUGCUGCUCCUCCACUGCCUGUUCCUCGGACUGAUGACAUGGCCGAAGAAGAGGACGUCGAGAUGAGCUUGAUCGAAGAGGACGAGGAUUCAUCUGAAGACGACGAUCUCGAACGGGACGGAUCGGUCUCUCCUCUAGCAGGAAAGGGCACUCCACAAGUCAUCCGACAAGUGCUGAAAUUCGUGCCCGAUCCUCCGAUGCUACCCUCAGACACGGAGGACGCCGAGUUGACCGAGUCAGAACAAGCAACCGAAGACAUGGAGGAGGAAUCUGAAGCGGAGAGCGAGCUCGGAUCUGACGUUGUUGAGAGUGAGGAGUCCGAUGCGGACUACGAGGAACCGAGGAUGAGUCUGAGGAUGAGCUUCUAAUUUCGCCGGGUAAGACUCCUCGAGCCAAAGCUGCUCCAACUCGUGGAUAUAGCCCCACCCCUGCUUCGAGGAGACAAUCGACCCAGGCUCCCAGAAUAUCCAAACUUGCUCAAGGGAUGCAGGAACUCAAGCUUGAAGAGCCCAGCUCCAGUCAAGCGAGCACUUCUCAGAAAAAGAAGAAGAGACAGCUCGGGACAGUGUCUAUGGUGAACGUAGACGAGAUCGAGCGCGCAGCUGCCAAAGAAGACACCGGAAAGCCUGUUAAACGAAUGACCUCCCGUCGCUCCUGAUACGAUCUACGUCGUCAAGCAGAUACUCAUUUGACUGUCCUUGUACUACUUUUUCCAUCACACCGCAUACUUCAACAGUUUUUCCCACUCGAACUCGCUCGGCUUCUCGUGAAAUUCCUUGACGAGAGUCUCCCUUUCACGGUGUUCCUUCCCAGCAGCCUCGUCCCACAAGUAGAAGUUCUGUACACUCAUGGACAGCCUGUGAGCGUCCUCCUGCGAGAGCAUGAAUCUCCCGUCCGAGCUAGCUCCAGCGGAC